AGUUCGCGUUUCCCGCGGUGCGUGGAUAAGGCCUGGCGUCGCGCGGUAAGUGACGUAGUUCCCGCGUUCGGGAUACCCGGGAGCGGCACGGGGCAAGGCCCGGAUUGAUGACGCAGAUUAAAAGCGCGUGAUUAACCCGCUCUUCUUCACACGUGUGCCCCCAAAUGAAAUAAGAAAACGUGGAGUGGCUAGACAUUGCAGCCAAUCCCUUUGAUUCGGUUGUGUUAACGGCAUGAAAUGUAGUUCUGAUUGAAAACCAUGGAAGAUCCCUCUCUUGAGGAUCAGACCUCUCCACUGGGCGGAAACUUGCAGGACAAUAUGGGCUCCCAGGACGAUAGUCUGGAUCAAAGAGAUAUCAAGGAAGAGGACGAGGAGGAUUUGGGGUCCAGAGAAGGAAUGGGAAUUCCAUCAGGAAGAGACCCUGAGGUGACAGUUGAGAUUGGAGAGACCUACCUAUGUCGGCGAGCAGACAAUACAUGGCAUUCUGCGGAGGUGAUCCAGUCACGACUUAAUGAACAAGAAGGACGAGAAGAGUUUUAUGUGCAUUAUGUGGGCUUUAACCGGCGGCUAGAUGAGUGGGUAGACAAGAACCGCUUGGCUCUGACCAAGACUGUGAAGGAUGCUGUCCAGAAGAAUACGGAUCAGUACCUGAGUGAGAUCUCUGAGCAACCAGAGCGCAAAAUCACCCGGAACCAGAAGCGGAAACACGAUGAGAUCAAUCACGUUCAGAAGACAUAUGCAGAGAUGGACCCCACAACGGCAGCCCUGGAGAAAGAGCAUGAGGCGAUUACAAAGGUCAAAUAUGUGGACAAAAUUCACAUUGGGAACUAUGAGAUUGAUGCAUGGUACUUCUCCCCAUUCCCAGAGGAUUAUGGGAAACAGCCUAAACUUUGGGUGUGCGAGUACUGUCUGAAGUACAUGAAGUUUGAGAAGAGUUAUCGCUAUCACUUGGGACUUUGUCAAUGGCGACAGCCUCCAGGAAAGGAAAUCUACAGAAAGAGUAAUAUCUCCGUAUACGAAGUGGAUGGAAAAGACCAUAAAAUCUAUUGUCAGAAUCUCUGUCUCUUGGCUAAGCUGUUCCUAGAUCACAAAACUCUGUAUUUUGAUGUGGAACCUUUUGUAUUUUACAUCCUGACAGAGGUUGAUCGGCAAGGAGCUCAUAUUGUAGGAUAUUUCUCAAAGGAGAAGGAAUCUCCAGAUGGAAACAACGUGGCUUGCAUCCUUACUCUUCCUCCAUACCAGCGACGUGGCUAUGGCAAGUUCCUCAUAGCUUUCAGUUACGAACUCUCCAAGCUCGAGAAUACCGUGGGCUCCCCAGAGAAACCUCUUUCUGACUUGGGCAAGUUGAGCUACCGCAGCUACUGGUCUUGGGUACUGCUGGAAAUAUUGAGAGACUUCCGAGGCACGCUUUCCAUCAAGGACCUCAGCCAGAUGACCAGUAUCACUCAGAAUGACAUCAUUGGCACGCUGCAGUCUCUCAACAUGGUGAAAUAUUGGAAAGGACAACAUGUGAUCUGUGUAACCCCCAAACUGGUGGAGGAACAUCUAAAGAGUGCACAGUACAAGAAGCCCCCUAUCACCGUGGAUUCUCUGAACCUGAAAUGGGCUCCCCCUAAACACAAACUGUUAAAGGUAUCCAAGAAAUGAACACACAGUGGUUUUGAGUUAGCCCACUAGAAGCUGAAGAGUGGUGUCAGGUGAUCGUCUUCUGGAUAUCAAACACAGAAGUUAAGAGUUGGGUGGGUAGUGCAGUGGCCAUACUAUAAGGCUUGUCUACCUCGGCAGCAGUCCAGUGUCACACUGUACUCGAGAAUGCUUUGUUUUAACUCCUUCCGCACUGUCUCCUAUUGUUGUAGCUCACACCUCCCAGCAUGGGGCGAUAUGUUUCUGCAUAAGCUCAGGUCCUGCACUGGUCAGUCUGGUAUUGGAAGGACACAGUUUGAACACUUAGGUUAAUAAACCUUUUAUUAGUGUUUACAAGGUGUAGAAAUGUUUCUUACAUAAUAAAAUAUUUUUUUAUUUAAACGGAACACAAA